AUGAAAACUACACAAAAUAUUAAAUUGGACAUAUUGGAAUUUAUUAAUGAGAUUGAUUCAUAUUGUAAAUUAAUUAACAAAAAUUUAUCAACAUCAGUCAGAUAUUAUUAUGGCAUAACACAAGAUCCAAUCACUCAUGAUUAUAUGAUAGUUAUGAAGCAUAUGGAUUUACCAAAUUUUUUGGAAUUGAAAGAGCAAAUUAAUAAAUAUAAAGGUAGAUUACUUAUUUUUGAUAAUCUUCCGGAACCAAAAAAUUCAGAUGAUUAUUAUAAACGGUAUGAUGAUAUAUCAAGUAUGGAAUGUUCAGUCAAGGAUUUGUCUCUGAACGCCAAAAAGUGA